ACUGCACCAACCACAACUACUACAGCUGCAACCACAACAACUACUCCAACCACAGCAACUACUGCCCCAACUACAACUGCACCAACCACAACUACUACUUCUCCACUCCAACCACCAACCACAACUACUACAGCUCCAACCACAACAACUACUGCCCCAACCACAACUACUACUGCUCCAACCACAACUACUACUGCUCCAACCACAACAACUACUGCACCAACCACGACAACUACUGCUCCAACCACAACCACUGCACCAACCACAACAACUACUGCACCAACCACGACAACUACUGCCCCAACCACAACUACUACUGCUCCAACCACAACAACUACAGCUCCAACCACAACAACUACUGCCCCAACCACAACAACUACUGCAUCAACCACAACAACCACUGCCCCAACCACAACUACUACUGCACCAACCACUACAACAACUGCACCGACCACAACAACUACUGCACCAACCACAACAACUACUGCCCCAACCACAACUACUACAGCUCCAACCACAACUACUACAGCUCUAACCACAACUUCUACUGCUCCAACCACAACAACUACUGCACCAACCACGACAACUACUGCUCCAACCACAACAACUACUGCUCCAACCACUACUACUGCUCCAACCACAACAACUACUGCUCCAACCACAACUACUACAGCUCCAACCACAACAACUACUGCCCCAACCACAACUACUACUGCUCCAACCACAACUACUACUGCUCCAACCACAACAACUACUGCACCAACCACGACAACUACCCCCAACUUCUGCUUCAACAACCACAACUGGUCCACCAACUUCAGUGUCAGCUCAUACAUCCACAGCUGCAGCAACAACUGUUGCCCCAACUACAUCUUCCUCCAGUGA